AUUCUUCAGAAUGGGCUGUCUUCCCUCAGAUGCAUCUGGACAACAGCAGCAUCGGGUCAUGGAGAGGGGUCCUUAGAGCUACCAACCCAUGUACGCGGAGGUGUCAGCUGUAGUUUCGGUGCAGAACACUCGCCUGUCCGGUUUUUGUCCGCAGGAUUGGCGUCCUUAUCCAAGCGCACCGACUCAGACCAGCAGCUCCGCCAGAACCCGCAGGUGGCCGUGAGAGCACCGGGCCAGCGUGGGCUUUGUACGCACCUCAGAGAAGAUGAAUAUCCAGGUUCUGCCAGAACACAAGCUCUCGUCCGUGGCCCCGCUGAAACAGUGCAAUGUGGAGAAAAAGGAGGUGGAACUUAUACUGGUGAAGGACCAGAAUGGCGUGCAGUACACCAGUUCCUCCAUCAUUCCCACUCCUGGUCACCGUGUAGGUCCUCCCGGAUCCGAUGAGGACCGAGAAACUUGGGGCAAGAAAAUAGACUUUCUCCUGUCGGUGAUUGGCUUCGCAGUGGACCUGGCCAAUGUCUGGAGAUUCCCUUACUUGUGCUACAAAAAUGGAGGGGGUGCCUUUUUGAUCCCCUACAUUCUGUUCUUGGUCAUUGCGGGGAUGCCAUUGUUCUACAUGGAACUUGCCUUGGGCCAGUACAACAGAGAAGGGGCAGCUACAGUGUGGAAAAUAUGCCCUGUGUUUAAAGGUGUGGGCUACACUGUGAUUGUCAUCGCCUUGUAUGUUGGCUUCUACUACAAUGUCAUCAUUGCCUGGUCCCUCCACUACCUGUUCUCUUCCAUGACCAGAGAGCUGCCAUGGCUUAAAUGUGGGAACAUCUGGAACAGUGAGAACUGCACUGACCCCAAAGCCAUCAACGGAUCUGUCCUUGGUAAUGGAACGUCUUAUGCCAAGUACAAGAUAACCCCGGCAGCAGAGUACUAUGAACGGGGUGUGCUACAUCUUCAUGAGAGCAAAGGUAUCCAGGACCUGGGACUUCCACGCUGGGAACUGUCGUUAUGUCUUAUUGUGGUGGUCUUCAUCCUCUUCUUCAGCCUUUGGAAAGGUGUAAAGUCUUCAGGGAAGGUGGUGUACAUCACAGCUACCAUGCCCUAUGUGGUGCUUUUUGUUUUGCUGAUUCGAGGCGUUACUCUACCAGGGUCCAUGGAUGGCAUCAAGGCCUACCUCCACAUUGAUUUCAAUCGGCUCAACAAUCUAGAGGUGUGGAUCGAUGCUGCCACCCAGAUAUUCUACUCCCUAGGAGCAGGAUUUGGGGUCCUUAUUGCAUUUGCAAGUUAUAACAAAUUUGACAACAACUGCUACAGGGAUGCUCUCUUGACCAGCACUGUGAACUGCGUUACCAGUUUCUUCUCAGGGUUUGCCAUCUUCUCUGUGCUUGGAUACAUGGCUUACAAACAUGGUGUGAGAAUAGAAGAUGUGGCUACAGAGGGUGCAGGACUGGUAUUUAUCAUCUACCCUGAGGCUAUUUCUACUCUGCCUGGUUCAACAUUUUGGGCUAUUGUGUUCUUCAUCAUGUUGCUGACUCUGGGGAUUGACAGCUCGAUGGGAGGCAUGGAGGCAGUCAUCACAGGCCUGACAGAUGACUUUAAGAUCCUCAAAAGAAACCGAAAGAUCUUCACCUUUGCCACAGCUUUUGGAACCUUCCUGGUCGCCCUCCUCUGUGUUACUAAUGGUGGUAUCUAUGUGCUCACACUGUUGGACAAGUAUGCAGCUGGGACUUCCAUACUGUUUGGCGUGCUGAUUGAAGCAAUUGGAGUGUCAUGGUUUUACGGUGUGGACCGAUUCAGUGAAGAUAUCGAGAGAAUGAUGGGUUUUAAGCCAGGACUUUACUGGAGGCUAUGCUGGAAAUUUGUCAGUCCAGUUUUUUUGUUGUUUGUUGUUGUGGCCAGUACGGUAACGUCAUCAAGCCUGAAGUAUGACGAGUACACCUUCCCUAACUGGUCUAACGUCGUUGGCUGGGGUAUUGCCAUGUCCUCCAUGCUGUUUGUACCGUGCUAUGCUAUCUAUAAAUUCAUCAGUUUACCAGGAACAUUUAAAGAGAGAAUAGCUUAUUGCAUCACUCCAGAGCAUGAACAUCAUUUGGUGGCUGAAGGGAAUGUACGACAAUUCAGACUAAGGCAUUGGUUGGCCAUAUGAUGACUCACACCCAGAAUACCCUCAUCUAUACUAACACCCGGUGUUUGGAGUUCCCGUGUUCUCCACCAGUGGACGGACAGAAAAUAAGAGCAAAAGACUCCAACCUCUCCCAUCCUCCUACAUCCUGUACCACCCAAGGCCUUUUUUUGUCAGAAGUAGCUUCAAGCACUUUGAUUUCUAUGUUAGGCCUGUAAACAUUUCAAUGCCAUUCUACAUCUUCAGCUGGUAAGGGAGGAGCACCUCAUGGGAUAAAACUGUAGUUAUUUUGCCACUGGGCAUCAUUAUGGUUUCAUAAAUGUUUGUGAUGUAACUAUACUCUUCUGCAAAGGACAGAAACUCAGCAUAAACCAAAACAGUCCAAUUUCACUGUGCUACUAAACAUUGGACCCAAAUAUUUAUGUUUUUAACUUCAUUUAGGACCAUGAUUAGUUAAUGUGUUACUACUGGAUAAAAAGUCUCUUUUCUUGCUGUUCUGUUGACAGAAUAGCUUAUCUGUGUCAGUGCCUUAUCAAGCAAGACACUCCAUGUUUCUCACAGUCCGUACAGGAAGAAAUAAAAUAAACUGUGUUGACUCAGGAACCCACGCAAUCCAACCGCAGCUUGUGGAUGGCAAUCUCUGGAUUUGACCCCGUCUUUUGAUAUUCAAGUCAAAGAGCUGAAGUUCAACAGUGCUGAAGGUCAGGCUUGCAACAAGAAAAACAGGCCAGAUGAUAUGUUUUAUGUCACAUUCUGUUAUAGGAAAUGGAAUAGCUUAUAUAUCACAAACAAAGCUUUAAAAGAGCUGAGGCAGGCCUUAUUCACUUCUUAUGCUUAAAAAGGCCAGGGUCACUACCAAGCCUUAAUCUGUAAGAAAGACAAAGGCUGGGCAGAGUGUGCCUAAAGGAGAAAAUCAAGCAAAACAAAUGGCAUAACUGUUACAGAGUGUUUUUGUAUUACCGUUGUUUAACUUUUUCUUUACAAAUUUCUGUCUGUUCAGUGGGUCAGGGGAGAUGUGGCUUAUCCUCAAAAAAGAGAAAAAAAACAGCAAGAGAAAAGAGUGUUCGUGUGAGUGAGUGAGCAUGUGUUUAUUGGGAUUUUGUUGCCAACCAUAUAGUUUUUUUUUUAGUUUACAGAGGAGUGACAACUGAAGCAUUUUUCACUGCACUGUAUACUAUGAUAUCAAAUGAAUGCUAACAACUCUUGUAAUUUAAUUUGAAACAUAUCUUAUGAUGGUCCACUUUUUCAUCACUUUGAAAGUGCCAAUAUGUUCCUUUAGGAAUCAUUUUCUCUUUCUUUUUUAUUUAUUGGUAUGAAGUUGAAUUUUAUCCUUGAAUCAUAACAAACCCUUGCUGAAGGAAUAAAGCCACACAGAAAAAAAGAUAUAUGUGGAAUAUAUAAGAAGAUAUAAAAUAUAUAAAUAUAUUCUUUUGUUACAUUUAAUCUUGUAUUUAUCAAAUAGUUUAUAACAAAACGUGAAUGUAAAGUAUUUUAAGCGUAACUGUCCACAGUCAUAACAUGGUGUUUGAUGUAUAGCUAAGAGGAACUAUUAGGAUUAAAUAUUCUUCAGUGUAACCCAGGCUCCUUCGUCACAUAUCUAUGUGGACAAAGACACCCUAGCUUGAACGAUGUUUACAUAAAUACUAUGUACAAUACAACGUCCUGUUACAGCGUGAGUGACAUCUAUCCAUGAAGUCUCAAUUAUUAAAACUAUGAUAAUAAAGAUUUUCUUCUAUA